AUGGCGAUGCAAAAACGUGCUAAUCUUCGUUUACCACCAGAAAUUAAUCGAGUUUUAUACGUACGAAAUCUUCCAUAUAAAAUAACAGCUGAAGAAAUGUAUGAUAUUUUUGGUAAAUAUGGAGCCAUUCGACAAAUUCGUGUUGGUAAUACACCUGAUACACGAGGUACAGCAUUUGUUGUUUAUGAAGAUAUAUUUGAUGCCAAAAAUGCAUGUGAUCAUUUAUCUGGUUUUAAUGUUUGUAAUCGUUAUUUAGUUGUACUUUAUUAUCAAGCAACGAAAGCAUUUGAUAAAAUCAAUUUAGAUAAAGAAAAAGAAAAAUUGGCUAAAACCCAAGCUAAAUAUGGAUUAAAUACAUAA